CGCCGAGGGCAGGGCGGGGCGGGGCGCUGCGGGAGAGGAGCGGCAGGGUACCGCCUGCGCUGCGGCCAGAGAUGCUGUCGGGCCGCGGUGGCGCUCGGCCGCCGGAGCUCCGCAACGAGGGCGUCCAGGCAGCGUGAAUGCUGAGGACAGAAGAGUUUGAUGCCACAGCACUGAAGUUCUUUGUUUGGAGUACACGUUAUGAACCCUUUGUGGAGCAUGUCUGCAAGCUCUGUGCGCAAACGAGCUGAAGGUGAAGAGAAGACAUUAGCAGGGGAUGUGAAAAACAGCCCUCCACGAACUGCACCAAAAAAGCAGCUGCCAUCUAUUCCCAAAAACGCUCUGCCCAUAACGAAGCCUACAUCUCCAGCCCCAGCAGCACAGUCAACAAAUGGCACCCAUGCUUCUUACGGACCCUUCUACCUGGAAUAUUCACUUCUUGCAGAAUUGAUUUGCAGUACCUUGGUAGUGAAGCAGAAGCUACCAGGCGUCUAUAUACAGCCAUCAUACCGCUCUGCAUUGGUGUGGUUUGGCGUAAUAUUCAUACGACACGGGCUAUAUCAGGAUGGCGUGUUCAAGUUUACAGUGUAUAUUCCUGAUAACUAUCCAGAUGGCGACUGUCCACGCCUGCUGUUUGACAUUCCCGUCUUUCACCCGCUAGUUGAUUCCACCACAGGGGAACUGGAUGUGAAGAGAGCAUUUGCAAAGUGGAGGCGGAACCAUAAUCAUAUAUGGCAGGUCUUAAUGUACGCAAGGAGAGUCUUCUACAAGAUCGACACAACAAGCCCCCUAAACCCAGAGGCUGCAGUACUGUAUGAAAAAGACAUUCAGCUUUUUAAGAGUAAAGUGGUUGACAGUGUUAAAGUAUGUACUGCUCGUUUGUUUGACCAACCGAAAAUAGAAGACCCCUAUGCAAUUAGCUUUUCUCCAUGGAACCCUUCUGUACAUGAUGAGGCCAGAGAGAAGAUGCUGACUCAGAAAAAGAAGCCUGACGAACAGCACAAUAAAAGUGUUCAUGUUGCUGGCCUGUCAUGGGUAAAGCCUGGCUCAGUACAACCUUUCAGUAAAGAAGAGAAAACAGUAGCAACCUAAGAGAUGGUGGAUCUGGUGCACCACGCACUUUCCUGCUGGACUCUGGCCUAGUUAAAGCUGACUAAUGGCAAAGGACUGCCUGAAGAGUAAACCUCGUGAACAGUGACUGGCUAUCAGUGUUGUGUAUGCGUAGGUUCUAACAGCAGGUUGUGGAGACCUCUCAUUAAGUAAUGCGUUACUUCUGUCAGAAGUGUCAGGGUGGAUCUAGUUCAGUACUCCAAAUUAUUGGGGACCUUGAGGCUUAAGUAUUUUUUCUGAAUAUGUUAGAGGUAAGUUGUGUUUACUUUAACAGAGCAGAGAGAAAUGAGCACUGUGUAGUAGUUGGAAGUUGGUGGUCUCAGCUGUACAUACGGUAGGUAGGUCAUGAAGAAGGGUGUAGAGAAGAGAUUCCAGAGUGCAGCACUUUCAAGUAGAAGACUGGCUUUCCGGCUUCAGCCUGCUGACUUGCUGUAAACGUCUAUCUCAGAGCAUUAGGAAAGUAGGCAGAACCAGGAUGCUUGUUCAUAGUUGUUUUUGUUUUUUUAAGCAAAUUACUGUAUUUUUAUGGCAGGAGGAAGAAAAAAGUGUUCAAACGGUUUCUAAUGAAGUCAGGUAUUUAAAUGGUGAAUGACUGUUGUGUUAGUAGAGAUGAAAUAAACCAAUAAAUGAUUGAUUGUCAUUUAUGCAGGAAA